CUGUAACGCCGUCUGCGUCGUCUCGGUUCUCGCUCCUCGGUGGCCCAAAGAAGUGGCAACCGAUUUUUGGUGGCAAGCGCGGCUGCCACGGGCGGCGUCUGAAUUCAAAAUCCAAAUUCGUGCUAGCACGUUAGCAACAGUCGCUAUAAUCGACAAAACGGUAAAUGCAAUAAUGAGCACAAGUGAAUGGCGAACGGCGCAGCGAUGAAACAAUUCAGAUAAUAGCAUGGCCAAGUAAACGGUGCAGAAGACAUCGCGAUUAUUGCCGGCCAAUUGUGGUGACUGCGGCUUACUACUGUGAUUUACACACCAAAACACGACAAACAGCAGCGAACAGACCCAUCCCCGCCAAGUCGCUAUCUUAUCGCGAGCAGGGUCUUCGCUAAAAAGUGCAAUUCGCAUAACUCAUUUGCCAAACAACCACACCAAAAAGUAAAUAAAUAAAGCCGAAGUGAACGUGAUACGUCCUCAACCCACAUAGAAGAUAAACACACAACUAGAAGCUGUCCACAAUGCGUCGAAAUAUCAAGCUGAUCGUCUUCGUGAGCAUCAUCUGGAUGUUCGUAAUGGUCUACUACUUCCAGUCCAGCACGGAGAAGGUGGAAAAUCGAGCUCUGCGGCUACGCGAGGUGGCCACCGCCAUGCAGCAGCUCCAGGAGGACUCCUCCUCCGCGGGCGCCGCCUCCACCGCCCGCCAAUGGGCGCCAGUCGGCGGAGCGGGGCCUGGAGGGGCAUCGGCUGGCAGCGGAGCCGACGAUCCCGGCGGCAAUGUCAUUCUAAUCGGGUCGGUUAAGGACUUUGAGCGCAAUGCCGUCCACGGGCUCAAGUUGAAUGGCAUUGUGGCCCUCGAAGAGACGUCUCAGGGUAUUAGUGGGGGUACUGGUGGACCUGGAGGACGACUGCCUGUUGCCCCCAGUGGUCGAGGCACUGAAAUCGAAUAUUUCGAUGAAGCCGGCUACAUACGAGCAGGUGCCCUGCGAAACGGGGAGGACCCCUACAUCAGAAACCGCUUCAACCAGGAGGCCAGCGACUCCCUGCCCAGUAAUCGUGAAAUACCCGACACAAGGAAUCCAAUGUGUCGUAACAAGAAAUACCGCGAGGACCUCCCCGAGACGAGUGUAAUCAUUACUUUCCACAAUGAGGCAAGGUCGACGUUGCUGCGAACGAUUGUCAGUGUCCUCAAUCGGAGUCCCGAGCACUUGAUCCGUGAAAUAGUUCUGGUGGAUGACUACAGUGACCAUCCCGAGGAUGGCUUGGAGCUGGCCAAGAUCGACAAGGUUCGUGUCAUCCGGAACGACAAGCGCGAGGGUCUAGUUCGGUCCAGGGUCCGGGGUGCAGAUGCCGCGGUCAGCGGUGUGCUGACUUUCCUGGACAGCCACGUGGAAUGCAACGAGCGGUGGCUGGAACCCCUCUUGGAGAGAGUGCGCGAGGAUCCCACCCGCGUGGUCUGCCCCGUCAUCGAUGUGAUCAGCAUGGACAACUUCCAGUACAUCGGGGCCUCGGCCGACCUACGAGGCGGCUUCGACUGGAAUCUGAUCUUCAAGUGGGAGUACCUGAGUACCUCGGAGCGGGCGAUGCGCCACAACGACCCCACGACUGCCAUCAGGACGCCCAUGAUUGCCGGCGGACUGUUCGUCAUCGACAAGGCCUACUUCAACAAGCUGGGCAAGUACGACAUGAAGAUGGAUGUUUGGGGCGGCGAGAACCUGGAGAUAUCCUUCCGGGUGUGGCAGUGCGGCGGAAGUCUGGAAAUCAUUCCCUGCAGCCGCGUGGGUCACGUCUUCCGCAAACGACAUCCGUACACCUUUCCCGGCGGUAGUGGCAACGUCUUCGCCCGGAACACGCGACGUGCCGCAGAGGUAUGGAUGGAUGACUACAAGCAGCAUUACUACAAUGCCGUUCCUCUCGCCAAAAACAUUCCGUUCGGAAACAUUGAUGACCGUCUGGCAUUGAAGGAAAAAUUGCAUUGCAAGCCCUUCAAGUGGUAUCUGGAGAAUGUCUAUCCCGACUUGCAGGCCCCCGACCCGCAGGAGAUUGGCCAAUUCAGACAGGAUGGCACCGAGUGCUUAGACACAAUGGGCCACUUAAUCGACGGCACUGUGGGCAUUUUCCCUUGCCACAACACGGGCGGCAACCAGGAAUGGGCGUUCUCGAAGCGGGGCGAGAUCAAGCACGACGACCUCUGCCUGACCUUGGUGCAGUUCGCCCGGGGGUCGCAGGUGGUGCUAAAGUCUUGCGACGAGUCGGAGAACCAACGGUGGAUCAUGCGGGAGGGCGGCCUGGUGCGGCACCACAAGAUCAACGUGUGCCUGGACUCCCGGGACCACAGCCAGCAGGGAGUGAGUGCCCAGCACUGCAACUCGGCGCUGUCCUCGCAGCGCUGGUCCUUCGGCAAGUUUGCGUGAGAGGGAAACCGCUAGACUUAAAGGAUCGAGUGAUAUAUACGAGGAGGCGUGCGAAAUGUAUGUGUAUGAUUGUCAUGGUUUACCAAGUUGAUUUUUUGCUGAACUCAAACACUCACUCAUGAUUAUAGUACUAUGACAUUAUAUUGUUAUUAAGUUGAAAAGGGUCACGAACUUUGUCACUUCAAAUCAACUUCUCGCGAGGGAGUUAAUUUUAAACGCUACCUAAAAUCCAGCAUGAAAGCAUACAAAAAAUGUACUUAGACUGAUUAAUUUUUUGUAUAUGUAUAAAAUAUAUGAACGCGAAAUGACAGAAAGUGAAAUUAUAAACUUUGGCAGCUGAAAACUGAGCUAAUUUGCAUUCCCAUAGCCGACGCAUCUCAUCAAGUCAAUUAAGGUCUAUACGAAAAUUCCAGAUUAGUACCCACGUUGAGUCCAUUUCGAAUGCCCCGCCCAGCUCAGAGUCUUCUCAACUUUGUACUUAACAAAACAUGAAAUGUUAUCAUUAGUUUUAAUUAUACACCUAAGUGAAAUCAUUUGAAACCUGUAUGAAAUAUGUAUGUGUAUAUAAAGAGAAGGAAAUAUUAUUUUAGAGCUCGUUGAACGCCGCAAACGAAAACAAACGAGAUAUCUCGCUUACAAUUUAUGAGUAUUUUUUAUGAUAUUUAAAAAUCGGAAAAGUGGAUAGUCUCUGGCGUUUUACUGUCGAUUGGUUAUUGUUGAAUGCAUAAAUCAUUUCACAGUUUUCAUAGGGAAAUAGACAUGCUUUUUAUCACAGACAUUGAACCAUUUACGACGUGGCAGAUUCAGCAAAAACGAUUUCAAAAAGCCUAAAAAAUUACAAAUUAUUGAAUCCAAAUAUUGUAUAUUUGUUUGUAUGUACAGUGCAUCUAUUCAGAGAACGAAUUAAAUGAGUUUUUAAUUUAAAACAUCUGGAAAUGCAA